AUGAGGGGAAGUGAUGGAUCGAGGGGGAGCGAGGGUCAAGGCAGACCCGAGGAACCGUCACGUUCGGUCACCGAUCUCCCAGAACUACAGGCAUUUACUCCACAAGAGGGGAGUGUGUUAGCCGGUGACUGGAUCACUCAACAGUCUCCAGUCAUCGGCACUAUGUCGGCCACGUCGGGUGUGUGGUGGGCGGAGGUUCUGAGGGAAGCCUAUCACCUUUACACCAGAUGGCUUGUGGCUGACCCCGUGCAGAGGCUUAGCAUCAAGGCCGAAGCCACGUGCAGCCUGACACCAACUUCUCGACAUGUGCUUGUUGAGCAACGGCUCACGGUGUUACUCAUGAGAGCAGUUCCAACCGAGAUUAGAGCGGAGCUGGUAGCUGUAAGGGCCAUGAGCUCGUUGGCGGUGGUAGUUGCCGUCCUAUGCAGGUAUCAACCUGGCGGACCAAAUGAGCGUGCCAACGUUCUUGCUUUCCUGGUUGCCCCGGAGCGCCCGAACAGCAUCGAAAAUGGCAUUGCAACUUGCCGGAGAUGGUUGAGACAACUUCAACGGGCAAAAGAACUGGGUCUCAUGUUGCCAGAUGCCACGUUGCUUAUAAAAGGGGCAGACGCACUUCUUGGACCAGUCCUCACGAAGAGUCAACAGGCUUCUUUCAGACUGAACUCGUUUAGGAACGAGAGAAAGCUUGAUUAUGCUCCUGCUUUUGAGUCUAUUGUGGCCUUUGGGCAACUAAUUUUGGCCGAGUACGAGUUGUUGCAGCACAGUGAGCCCGGAGAACCAAAGAAACCCAAGAUUAACAAGGUGCAAGAAAAUGAUGAGGAGGGUCAGCCUAAAGGGGGUAAAGGGAAGCAAGGGUCAGGGAAGUCCAGUGCGACGGAUGCUGGCACUGGCAAGGGUGCCAAACCUGGCAGCUACAGUAAGGAACUGGGCAAGGCCACUUGCAAGUACUGGUGCGUAACAGACUUGGGUUGCGUUAAGGACACGGCAGCUCUGCUCAAGAAUCUCAAGAUAAAAAAGAUAGACACAGGUCGUGCCUCAGCAAGGGCGCUCUUAGACUCCGGUGCCACGGCUUGUAUGCGUACUGCGCGGCCUGGCGAACUCACAGGACUGCCUGAGCGAACGGUGCAGCUUGCCCAGGGGGAGGUAAGGUUGAGAGUCAAUGAAGGGGGAACUUUGUUGACUUCAGAGCCGGUGGAUCCCAUUGUGUCCUUGCACAAGCUUUGCCAGAUCGGGUACCGGGUUGAUUGGAGUAGGGAAGGAGGCUGCCAGGUGAGGUGCCCAGGGCGGAUGGCCUUACGUGUGUACACUGAUAACGGUUGUCCAGAAGUUGAACGCCAAGCAGGGUUGGACCUGAUUCAAGAGAUUGAGGUCUUCCAGGUUCUGGCACGAAUCCCUGUAACGUCCAGUUACGAUGCAUCCAAGGUUGCCUGGAAUCGUAGGCAGCGACGGACCUGGCUGAGGUCCAAGGCAAUAGCCCUUCACCUGUUUUCGGGGCCCCAGAAAAAGUUCUGGGAGCUCCCUCGUCAGAAUGCGCACUGCGUAUGCGUGGAUAUACAGGAGAACCUCCUGGACGACCAAACGUUUUCCUUCCUGGAAAGCAUGGCCUUGUCUGGCCGACUGUGUGCAGUGUUGGGAGGACCUCCCUGCAAGACCUUUUCGCUUUCGCGGUAUAUGCCGCCUGGACUGCCUCGGCCUUUGAGGGGUAGGUCCAAGGAUACUCAGUGGGGUUUUGGACAUCUAACACCUAGUGAAAAGGAGGCCAUUACCACUGAUGGAGUGCUAAUGUUCCGAAUGGUGUGGCUGUAUCUGAUUGCGGAAGCCAUGGCUGAAGAGCUUAAUCUGCCUAGGACUUGGCUGGACAACACGAUUUGUGUUACUGGCAUCUUGACCAAGGCCCUUUGGGCCACGAAAAACGGAAGCCUACCACGAUCCUUUCGAGCAUCCCUCCUCCGCCAGAUGUGCAAGUUUCGGGUCCUGGCCAUGGGAUUCGUGAAGCCGGAGAUCCAGCUGCAGGCUCUUGGCCGUCCUCUGCGUGGGCAGCUUGGGCGCCCGGUCUGA